CUCUUCGAGUGGGUGCAGGACAGCAGAGAACUGCCUCCUUUAGCACCGGUCCUGCACACCCUGAUCUUCCUGCAGCUCCACGGGGAGGAACACUAUCAAGAGACCAAAUGCCUUGGGAUCCCUCUGAUGUAUCCAGAAACACCCAGAUGCCAGAAGGACAGCAAUGGAAACAUGCUGAACUGGGACCCCCCUGGGCAAUGAAGUACUUUCCCCUCAGGAGCUGCCAUCUCAUCUUUCGGGAUGGGUCUGGGGUGUUUUACCUUCCGCUGCAUUCUGACAUUAAAACCAACAUCUGGUGCAACUGGACCAUCUGGGCAGGCCCCCAGAAGCACAUUGUCAUCUAUAUCCAGGGAUUUGAGGGGAGUGACGGCUGUGGCAGCAACCAGGACAAGAUCAUCUUCCAGGGGGUCUCAUCAAGUGUGGAAACCAAAGUGGUGUAUGCCUGCCACAACCGAGGCACUCUGGUCUUUGCUACGCAAGCUACUGAGGUCCAGGUGUUGUUUCUGUCAGGGAGUGGCUCCCGAAGCCAUGAAUACAAAUAUUUUAAGGGACAGUAUUACAUAUUCAGGGACUCUGAAGCUGUGAGCUCUUCAAACGAUACCAUAGCAGCUCUCCAAGAGCCUGUCCAGGAGACCUCUAAAAAAGAGAGCUGGAGGACAGUGGCAACAAAAGGUUUCGUGUCCAUGCUCAGUGCCUCUCCAAGCCCACCAGCUGCACCUGCCGGUGGCAGGAUUCAGCCUGAUCUUGUGAGCCCAGAUGGAAAGGCCCAACAUCCUUCUGAUCUCAUGGAAGAUGCUCGGUUUGGUACUAACCUGAGCAAGCUUGACCUGAGUGAGCAUGGUCAGCUGCAGGAUGAAACUAAGCUGGAAAAGAGCCUUCAGCAUGGUAGCACUGAGGGCAGAGAAACUGAAGAUGACGUGUUGGUGGAGACAGCUCCAGCUGGGCAAGACACUGGGUGUAAAGCUGAGCCAUCUGCCUUGGGGCUGACCAAGGGGGAUGUAGAGCCAGUAGCUGCCCUCGCCACCGCAGUCCCAAGUCACUCAACUGGUUUUCCUUUCUCAGAGAUGCCCAGCAGCAACACAGGUGUCUCUGACAAAUCAUCCAGUCUGGGUCAGGCCAGUGACAGCCUGUCAGAAGAAGUGGCUGCUGCUACACAUCACACACAGGCACCAGUGCUGGAAGAGCCACCACUAGACACCAGUACAAAACCUUCUCUCUAUCCCUCUCCUGGUGUGACUGCUGGUGAUACGGUGUCUCUGGGGGAAAGGACUGAAGAGCUUUUUGAUCUGUUUUCUGCCCUGGCAUCUCUGGAGAAUGGCACAGCACUGCAGUCCCAGCACCACCCCGGAGAUGUGCUGUUUGAAGUAACUAUGGAAGUCAAACCCAAGGACUGGAUUCCUCAUGGUGGAAGUGAGCUCCAAAAGGGUCUUCUCGAAUCUAUGAAGAACCAUAUACAGAAGAACCUGAAACUUUCUGCCAACAGAGUCAAUGAAAUAAAGUUAAAUGAUGUCAAAAGCACAAGGGAUGCCAACCUGCUGCUCACCUUCUGGCUGCACCUGAAGCCGGAGGAGAGGAAUGUGUCUCUGCUCCUGCGCUCCCAGCUGGAGGAGCUGCUCGGCACCUCAGUCGGAGCAGAGAAGCUGCAGCUUGUUUCGCUGUUUGUUGAAGACGUGAACGAGUGCAAUGCCGGGGUUGGCCUCUGCGGAGAGGAGGCAGAGUGCUUCAAUGGCGUGGGCACCUACCUCUGCCGCUGCAAACAGGGCUAUGAGGAUCAUUCUCCCACCAAGUCCGGCACCCUCUGCAUCCGCACUCCCCGAUCAGGGAUCAGCUUCUUCCUCCGUCACACUGACAUCCUGGUGGGGGCAGCCAUCGUGUCUGUCCUGAUGAUGCUGGUGGCUGCUGGUAUCCUCUGUGUGACAGCCAUGUGGAGACGGCACCCCAGGAGGAGCCCAGGCCUCGAGGAACCAUCAGUGAGGGCCGUGGAGGAGCCAGAGAUGGAGUUGCAUGACCUGGGGGAGUGCCUGCGCCUGGACCCCUUCCAGCUGAAGCUGCGGGCCAGGCCCCCUGAGUGGCUGUGGAGUGUCCAUGCCCACCAUGGUGAGGUGUGCCAAGUCUUUCUGGAGCAGUCUUCCCCACUCUGA